AUGGCCAAGCUGUGGAUUGGCAACCUGCCUCCGGGCAUCCCUGACCGCGAUGUGGAGGACGUGUUUGCCAAGUUCGGGCGCCUGAGGUCCUGCUGGGUGGCGCGCAAGCCGCCGGGGUUUGGCUUUGUGGAAUAUGAGGACAGGCGGGAUGCGGAGGAUGCGGUGCGCGGCACCGACGGCAAGAACGGGUGGCGGGUGGAGUUUGCGCGCGCCGCCGGGCCCAAGGGCGGCGGCGGCGGCGGCGGCGGCGGCGGCGGCUUCCAGCCCCAGCUACGAGCGCCCCAAGCGCAGCCCCAGCCCGCCCCCGCGCCGCCGCGCCAGCCGCAGCCGCAGCAGGGAUCGGCGGCCGCGGCGCAGCCCCAGCCCGCCCCCGCGCCGCCGCAGCCCGCCUCCCCGCCGCAGCGUCGCAGCGUGUCGCCUCCUCCCCGCCGCAGCGUGUCGCCGCCGCCGCGCCGCAGCGUCAGCGACAGCCCGCCGCCCCGUGGGCGCAGCCCCCCUCGGGAGCGCAGCCUGACGCGCUCCCGCAGCCCUGUGGGGCGCGGCAGGAGCCCUAUGGACGACUGA